UGACUUCAAUGACUUAGUCGCGCGCGAUCGGUCAAGCCGUUAUGAUUGCCUACCGCUUCACAAUCGCGGUGCUUAGUGCGCUCUGUCUAGCGCAGAGUGCCGCUACCGCUACCACUGGAAGAGCGGAGCGCGUUGCGAAUCAGAAAUGCCAGGAAUUCAUCGAUAAAAAUACGCACAAAUCGUACGGAGCAUCUCUGUUGUUGAACCCGCAUGUGUACGAGAUUUCCGCACCCAACUGUUCUAGCUCGGUGGAUUUAAUCGUGAACGGCGUAGAAGCGCACCCGGGAGAGUUUCCGCACCAGGCACGGUUAGGUUAUUUGAGCCAAGAUCCAGCUGUGGCCCAGCAGAUAGUCUAUCAAUGUGGAGGAUCGCUGAUUAGCGAACAGUUCGUUCUGACAGCGGCUCACUGCGGAAAGCCAAAGCUUGUUAUGCUAGGGGAGCACAACACUCUAGAACCGGGAAAUGAAAUUGAGUUCGAUGUGGAAGCUUUCAUCAAACAUCCGAAGUACAGACUGGGCAAGUCGUACCACGACAUUGCGCUAGUGAAAUUAUCUGGAGAUGUUAUAUUUUCAAGUGUUAUUCGACCAGCUUGUUUGUGGACAACGACGCCGCUAAACCUAAGCAUGGCCAUCGCGACUGGAUUCGGUGACACCGAAUUUUAUGGCAACUCCUCUACAAUUCUAAUGAAGGUACGGUUGGAUGUAAUGAGCAGUUCAACAUGCGGUACGAAGUUCAAACUCCACGGGGGAUUUCCUGAUGGCGUUCGAAGGGAACAGCUUUGUGUGGGCAGUAAGCAUGGCAAUAGGGACACUUGUCAGGGUGAUUCCGGAGGUCCACUGCAAACGGUGACGGAUGUUAAAACUUGUGCCUAUCACAUUGUCGGAAUUACGUCCCUCGGCACCGCAUGCGGUGUGGGAAACACGGAGUCUGUGUAUACCGAAGUCGCGAGUUACAUCGAUUGGAUCGAGGAAAGUGUUUGGCCCGAAGAGUACAAGAAGUUUAAGGUAGAGAAAGCGUCGAAUUCUUUUCCGGACUACAUAAUAUUCUUUCCUAAAGAUUGAUACUCUCAAGUUGAAAUUAAGUUAGAAUGGUUCAGAGGAAAAUGAAAAAAACUAUUUUAAAACUAUUAGUUAUGCUUGAAAAAUUAAUUGUUUAUAAGGUUGGUUCCAAAAAUGCUAGUGUUUUCAAACAAUAUAAU